GUUGUUCUGCCCUCGUCAUGGCUGCAUGGCUGUCCCGGAGUGUCAUGCGGAAGAAUGGCGGCUGGCUGCUGCCGUGCCCUAUCGCUGUGGCCCGGGUCUGCUGCAGGGGGAUGGAAAGCGCCUCCUCUCCCCCGGGGACCCUCUCUGCCUUCCAGGACAAGCCUCGGACAGUGGAGGACCUCCCACGUGUCAGCUUCUUGGAGCUGAUUUACAGAAUGGUGUUUCAGGGUUUCUACAACCGUAUGCAUGAGCUACAGAUCUAUGAGAAGCAGCGAUACGGGCCCAUAUACAGAGACGGACUAAAGUCAGUGUCCGUGAACACUCCAAAGCUGCUGGAGGAACUCAUGAGGAACGAUGAGAAGUUCCCCCGCCGAGGAGACAUGUCCCUGUGGAAAGAGUAUCGCGAUAUGAGAGGAUUCGGCUAUGGGCCUUUCACAGAGGAGGGGGAGAAGUGGUACAACCUGAGGGUGGUGCUGAACAAGCGCAUGCUGCAUCCGAAGGACUCUGCACAGUACGGUGACAUUAUCAGUGACGUGGUUACAGACUUCAUGAAGAGGAUCAUCUACCUGCGUCAGUGCAGCCCCACAGGAGAUUUGGUGACCAACAUGGCCAAUGAGCUCUAUCGUUUUUCACUAGAGGGUAUUGCCUCCAUACUGUUUGAGACAAGGCUUGGGUGUCUGGAAGAGAAAAUCCCUGCAGGUACGCAAGACUUCAUCAACGCCAUCGCCCAGAUGUUCUCCAACAGCCUGGCUGUGGUGCUGAUGCCCAUGUGGAGCCGCAGUCUGCUGCCCUACUGGGGGCGCUACAUUGCAGGCUGGGAGGGCAUCUUCAGCUUUGCUAAAGAGUUGAUUGACAAGAAGAUGGAGGCCAUUCAACAGCGUGUGGACAACAACCGGGAUGUGGAGGGCGAAUACCUAACAUACCUCCUCUCGAACACUCAGAUGAGCGUUAAAGAUGUGUAUGGCAGCAUCGCUGAGCUUCUGUUAGCUGGAGUGGACACGACUUCCAAUACCCUCACAUGGACUUUGCACCUGCUGUCCAUGCACCCUCAAAUCCAGGACAGACUUUACAAUGAAGUGUCCACAUUGGUACCAGCAGACCGGAUCCCCUCCACUGCGGAGGUCACUCGAAUGCCGUAUUUAAGGGCUGUUAUUAAGGAAGCACUGAGGAUGUAUCCUGUGGUUCCUAUAAAUGCAAGGUUCAUUACAGAAAAGAAUGUUGCCAUUGGUGGAUAUCACUUUUCAAAGAAUACCGCCUUCACGAUUUGUCACUAUGCCAUCAGUCACGAUGAGGACACAUUCCCAGAGCCGUUCGCCUUUAAGCCGGAGAGGUGGCUCCGUGACGGCCGUGAGAGGCCACACCCCUUUGGCUCCAUCCCGUUUGGCUUCGGAGUGAGAGGCUGUGUCGGUCGCCGGAUUGCUGAGCUUGAGAUGUAUAUGGUUCUGUUUCGGCUAAUCAGGCUGUUUGAAGUCAAACCAGACCCCACAAUGGGAGAGUUGAAAAGCAUCUACCGCACUGUUCUGAUACCAGACCAGCCACUAAAUCUACACUUUGUGGACAGAGGAUGUGAAAACGCAGCUUGAUUUGCUUUUGCAGAUUGGUUUGAAUGCAAGUGUUGCAUAUGAAUGAAAAGCUUUUAAGAAUGUCUGUCUGAUAUAUUAAGAAAGUGAGACAGAAGUAGCAGUUUUAGUUUGAAAACUUUGCUGUAAAAAAAAGUGCAAGUGUAACUAUAAAAUGCACAUUUUUAGCUUAUAUGUAUUUACUUUUAUAAAUGCUAUAUAUUAUUUGCAAAAAAAUAUAAAGGAAUACGCAAAGUUAUUUGCCAUUCAAUAUUUUGAAGCAACUGAUGAACCACUGAGCACUUCUGGAAUGCUAAGUGUCAUAAAAAUGACAUAAGUGGUUAUUGCUCACACAGACAAGACCCUGCAGGAUGCAUAGAUGAACAUCAUGCUUUUCUAAGAAUGAGAUGAGAAAACAGUAAUAUUGUGGUUACAUGGAUUUCAUGGAAACUUUUUUAGUCUUUGUAGUUAGACAAGGUGGGUGAAGAGUCAUCUGAGCUUCUACUUGUAAUAAAAAGUAAAAUAAUAUUUUGUAAUCAGUAUUUUGCAGUUUGUGUAGGCAAGAAUCUAAUUAAAGCAUUUGAAUUGUGCAUUCAUUGUAUAUGUGUGAAAUGAAUGUGAAUCAACUCCAUUUUGAUUACUUUCAUAGCAAAUUCAAUAUGUCAUGUCUAACCAUAUGGUUUCACUUUGUAUAGCACAAUAAAGCCUUGUAUCUUUUGUAUUUAUUGCUAAAAAAUACAUUGCACUUAAAGAUGUUGAAUGAAUUAAAUCAGUAAUUUGA